AUGAGAAGCUGGUGGUGGGUUAAGGAGAAGAAGAAGCAGAUGGCUUUGUUGUUGAUAAUAGCAACGAUGAUUCUCCAAUUCCAAAUGAAAGGAUGUGUUGGCUGUGUGGAAAGUGAACGGAUGGGUUUGUUGCAGCUCAAGUCGUAUCUCAGCUCUCUUCCUGGUUUCGGAGAAGGAAGUAUUCUCAAUUCAUGGAGUGAUGAUGAUCCUAAGAGUGACUGCUGCAACUGGGGGGGAGUAAAGUGCAGUGACGCUAUCGGUGGCCACAUCGUCGAUCUCUCACUUAAUUAUCUCACAUACAGCUGGAGUUUCGAUCAAGCUUGGGGGUUAAAUCUUUCUCUGCUCCAUAGCUUCCCUCAACUCAAAACCUUCGACUUUUCAGAUAAUUGGUUCACUCACUUGUUUGAUCCCAUCCAUGCACUCAAAGAUAUGCCAAAGUUGCAAGAACUGGAUCUAAGCGGCAAUGAAUUCACCGACUUAGACAGCCUAGGCUACUCAAAGCUUUGCGGAUUGAGGAAUCUUCCGAGAGCUGGAUUUAAGGAAGAAUGCUUUGACAAGUAUGCCUAA